CAGCGUGAUUUUAUUGUACCCGUAGUGUCUUAGCCUAAAUGGCUUACGACACAGUACGAGUGUAGUAUCGAAAGGGAACGUACUCGGUUACUAACGUAACCUCGGUUCCCUUAGAUAAUUUGCCGUGCUAUAAGCAAGGACACCUCAUGUUGUCGCUUCAGUUGAAUUAAAUCAGUUUGCCUGGGUGAGACGGCUGCUUAUAUAGCCCGAUGUCCCGCCCCUUUUGGUGGGUUCGGGUGGGCUCGCUCACCAUAGGCUCGCGCGGCUCUGCCGUGCCGCCAUUGGUUCGUUUCUAUUGAAUUCCACGAAUCAAUUGUCAUGCAGUUUCACUGCGUGAUUGAAAAAGGCUUCAGAAAUCGGAGAAAAAGGACUUUUCCCCGUAGCGUCUUAGCCUAAAUGGCUUACGACACAGUACUCGUUCCGUAUCUAAGGGAACUGAGUUUAUGUUAGUAACCGAGUACAUUAUAUGCAUGCUCAUUUACCUGAACACCAACCAGAACAGUUGCAAACCACAGAUCAUAGAAAAAGUCAUCACCAAGAAAAAUUGGAAGCUUAAGAACUUUGGAUUGCGCUCACCGGUGGGGCUUGUGUACAACCAGCCCAGUGCGCUGGUAAGUCGGACAGAUGUUGCUUCUGUGACACCAUGGUUAGCCCCGAUUGUAUGGGAGGGAACCUUUGACUCCAGAGUGAUUGACUCUAUCUACAAACAACAAAACAUCACCAUAGCGACCACUGUCUUCGCUUUGGGAAAAUAUACUCGUUUUCUCAAAGAUUUCCUGGAAUCAGCAGAGGAGCAUUACUUUGUUGGAUUUCGAGUCCAUUUCUACCUGUUUACAGAUCAACCGGAGGAAGUUCCUAAUGUAAAACUAGGUCAAGAACGUUACCUGACAGUAAAGACGCUUCCAAGUAUGAACAGAUGGCAGGACAUCAGUAUGAGCAGGAUGGAAAUACUGGAGAAAUUAAUAGAGAAUGAACUGGCCAGUGAGGCAGACUAUAUUUUCUGCCUUGACGUAGAUACAAAGUUCUAUGGGCGCUGGGGUGUGGAGUCUUUGGGUCGUCUGGUAGGUGUGAUACAUCCUUGGUUCUUUAAUGUUCCAAGGUUCCUAUUCACAUAUGAGCAUAGACCAAAGUCUCAAGCAUACAUUCCAGCUGGGAAAGGUGAUUUUUAUUAUACUGGUGCUGCAUUUGGCGGCUCAUUGAAAGAUGUACAUAAUCUCACCAAAACUUGCCGGGAGCAGAUGAACAUUGAUACUGCAAACUCCAUUGAGGCGUUAUGGCACGAGGAGUCUCACUUGAACAAAUAUUUUCUUUAUAACAAACCCAGUAAACUGCUUUCACCUGAAUAUCUGUGGCGGGACAUCAGUAUGAGUUCAGGCUCAGUGAAAAUAAUUCGCUUCUCUCAUGUUGCUAAAAACAAUGCUGAAGUUCGUCCAAACUUGUAGCACUUUUGUAAAAGUUUAUAUCCACAUCAACAUGGUGAUUUUUCACAAGAAAAAAAAAUCUUAAUAGUUAGUUUUGGGUCAAACUUGUUUUAACAGCCCUUUUUUUUUGGGGGGGGGGGGGGGUAUAGAUUGCAAAUUUGUUAAAAAACAAACAUGAUUCAGGUGAGUUAUGUUUCCAUAGAAACAUCUAGCUGAAAGACAUUGUACAGUUUUGAUCAUGAAUGUCAAAUCCUGUUUUUAGGAUGUCGAUAUCUUCUCUGUCUUUUUGAAGUAUGAAAAUAAGACCGGUCUCUUGACAUCAAGUAAAAUGUGUUUUCUCUCUGUUUGGAGAAUUUGUUUACUUGUUUUAAGCAUAAAAUUCAUUAAAUGUUUUAUGCUUAUAAUGCAUUUACCUCAAUAUACCGAAAACACACAAUACUUUCAUAAUAAACUCAAAUAGUAACACUUGUAA